AGGAAUAAUCGUGGAAUUUCAUCCCGGGAUUCUCUCUACGCUUCCCUCUCUCAAGUACAUAAGCUCUCCUUCUUUCCAGUACUCUUUUCCAAGGGUCCCUCUUGUUCUUAGUACUCUCCGAGCCGAUCACACCGACUUGCGACCAACAUACCAACCCAAUAUCAACGUCAACCCAACACCUUGAGCCUCACCAAACAUGACGGACGUCCAUGCAGCUCUCAAGACUCUGUCGCCAACCGAACAUUCCGAAUUUCCUUCGGAUCCAUCAUCGCUCAACCUUCACCUAGCUACGUCCCUUGCGGAUGCCCAUAUCCUGAUAUCCUCUCUUCCGCCGCCGACGAUCAUCCCCGAAUCAGUAACACUUCCCGAACCGUCAGAUCCAGACAUAGCAGCCCUCCAGAAAGAAUGGAAGCCUGUCAAGCUAUCCGCCAAAGAAAACCCUGUGGGUAUCAGCGUCUUCAAGCUCUCGGCAAAGGACGGGAAGGGUACUUGGUUCGCACGACGUUCCAUCCACACCGAUAUUCCUUUCCGCCGAUUCAAGGCAGGGCUCCAGCAAGAGUUCCAGCAACCCCCAAAAGAAGUUGUGGAAGAGGGUGUGGUACAGGGCCCGGUGCGCGGAAUCGGUAAGGACCUUCGGAUCCACCACGAAACCUGCGAGCUCGGCAAGGUGGAGAUCUUCCAGUUAUCAGCACAGUUCCCCGGUCCCUCUGCUCCGCGGGACUUCGUGGAAGGUUGCCUAUCGAGUUCGGCCCAUCCGGAGGACAUAUCUGCUGCGGCCAGCGAGAGGGGUCGUCCUCCCUCGUCGACGGAUCCGGGGGAUCAACCGGAGAGCAGCGCCGAAGACAGACCGAAACAGUUUACGCUCAUAUCGAAACCAGUUCUGAAUCAUCCGCAGGGUGACGAGAGGUCAGGAUACGUACGCGGGACUUACGAGUCUGUGGAAUUCAUCCGGGAGAUCCCUUCCAUCCAGAAUGCCCUGGCUAGGUCCCAGAGCACAUCAGAUGUUCCCUCGGCUGAACCCACCUCCCCUAACCGUCCUCGCGGAAAGACUGUGGGUAUGACCCCUGAGGAGGCGGCACAGGCUAGGUGGAAUUGUGCGGUCGAUUGGAUCAUGAUUACUCGUUCGGAUCCUGGUGGCAGCGUGCCGAAGUGGAUGGUCGAGAGGGGAACACCAGGAGGCAUCGUCAAGGAUGCGGAUAAAUUCCUGAAGUGGUGUCGCCAGGCCACAUUCCUCGAUGACAUACCCGAAGCAUCACUCGAUUCUAUCACUAAGGAGAUGGAACACGGCGAGAAACUGAGCAAAGACGAAGGCGUGAAGACGCACACCAAGCGACACCUUGCCGAGCGCGGCGCUCCAGCAGGAGCAGUCCUCUCAUCGGACCACGCUCAAGCCGAGAUAUCGCCGGCCCCUAAGCAGUCUGAGAGACAAAACGGCAGUGCUGCAGGUAGUGGAGGCGGAGGCGGCCUUUUCGCUGGUGCACUGGGCACUGUGGCGGCUGGAAUGUCCUCACUCGCCCAGUCCGCCAUAUACAGUAGUUCCUCGUACAACCCUACCCCGCCACCUACAUCGCCAUCCGACGAUAACACCCCGUCUUCCACUGUUUCCCGGGCGUCUUCACCAAACGAAGAGCUUGACGACAGCGCCUCCGAAACGGCCUCUAUCAAGACCUUCGCAACUGCUGAUUCCUCGCGACCCGACGUUCCGGAGCUUCCCUCACGGCCUGCGUCCGUCACUUCCACUAUGACAGCGGCAUCUGCCACCCACGAUAGCCAAAGCCCGGAAGAACGUGCUCUUGCGCAGUUCCUCAAGGAGAAGCAAAAGCUCGACGAAAAGCUCAAGCGUGAAGACCACCGCCGCUCCGAACGUGAAAAGAAAAUCGCCGAGAAACACAUGAAGAGCCUCGAAAAGCAGGAGCGCAAGUAUCGCCGUGCUCUCGAGAAGGCCAAUGAGAAGCGGCAGAAGGAGGAGGAGAAGCGGAAACGCGAGGCGCAGAAGCUGCUCGAGAGGGAUGAGAAGGGAAGGAGACGCGAGAUUGAGGAAUUGAGGAAGGUUGUCGAGGGUCUCACUAGGGAGAAUCUGGCCCUGAGGCAGAGGAUCGAGGAGUUGGAGGGCACCAAGACGAAGGAGGGGGUGGAGGUCAUCACCGCUGAGAAGGUCGAGGCUUGAUUUACCCAUCGAAAUCAUACUUACUUUUGCUAUAUUUGAGGUUUCUUUGGCGCGUACUUUAUAGCUUUUGGGUCUCUACUGACUU